AUGUCGAAGCUGGUUUGCUCUCUGCUUUUCCUUUGUUUACUUCCUGCUGCGGCUCCCCUCUUCUGUUACACCUGCGUGUUCCCUACCAUCUCACCUCUGGACUGCAUCAGAUUCCCUCUCAAAUGUCCAUCCGGGCAGGUCUGUCUGUCCAGCAAAGCUGUGGGCAAGAAAGGAGACUUCCGUGUGGUGGUGUAUGAGAAGAGCUGCAUCUUGCCCUCCCUGUGCGGAGUCACGGGAGAAAAACACACCAUGGGACUCAACUUCACCUUCACCAAUGAAUGCUGCAACACGCACCUGUGCAACGCUGCUGCAAUACCUGCUACCCCUUACUGGACUGGCACAUUACUCACACUUCUUAUGUCAUACUCAUUUUGGUAA